AUGCUAAUUGAAUGUUUCCGCAGAAGAGAUAUUGAUGACCUGGCAUUAGCUGUCCACUACUGCCAUAUUGGUCAGUGUAAAAUAUCAAUCAGAAUAGAAUGUGACAGAGUAGCAACACCUCCAGUAAAAAGACGAGAGGAGGAAUCGAGCUUGAUUCUUCUAAGCACAAAUCAAUUACGUUUAACUCCUACAAUGGCUGAAUGUAGUCUAACAUGUGGAUUACGAGUGGCUAGUACUUAUGGAAUUGAAAAUCUUCAUCAGCAAUGUAUUCAGUAUUUAAAGGCGAAUUUGAACAUAGACAGCUGUUGGGACCACUGGAAAUCCAUCAUCACCUCUUCUAAACAGCCCACAACUAGAAUUAUACAUCAGGUUGAUAAGACAGCUGGGGAAAUAUUGUUAGACUUUAUGCAGGAGAAAUUCCGCAAGUUUACGAGCGAAAUUUUCUUGCAGGAACUGAAACAUUUCAGUUGUGCCGAAUUAGAACUCAUUCUAGCAUCUAAUAAACUGAAUGUCCGCUCGGAAAUCGAAGUCAUAAAGAUUAUUGAAACGUGGAUCCAGGCUCAACAGUCCAACAACAAUCCUGAUGUGGGAAAAUUCUUGUCACGAGUAGUUCCUCGUUUAAUUCAAAGCUGUGUCCGUUUUGAACUAUUAGAAAUACGAGAAAUCGAUCGUCUUUUGCAACUCCCAGGAAUGCAGACAAAGAGUGAUGAAUCUAGAAGUCAGUGUGUCUUCAGACUGAAUCAUCAGAAGCGAAAAUUAAUCCGAGAAACUAGGAAUCUUCGCUCCCUAUCCAAUCAAUCAGGACAGAAUGAACGUAAUCCGCCUAAGGAUAGCUAUAGAAUACCUCAUGAGGCCAUAGUCGUAUUUGGUGGUUGGGAGGGUGACCAACCGUCAAGACGAGUCAGAGUAUUGGAUACUCGUCAAAAGGUGUGGAAAACCUACGACACAGACUCUCGACCAAACCUCCUUUUGCCCCAUCCCCUCAUGAGUUUUGCCAUUGCAAAUAUCAAGAAUGAAGUGAUAUACAUAGCAGGCGGGGAGAGUAGGGGUGGACAAGCAACGCAAGAAGUUCUUCGAUAUGAAAUCAAAUCUACCAAAAGUGGAUGGAAAGGCUGUGCUCCAAUGCACGACAUUCGAAGAGACUUUGUCCUAGUGAACUAUCGCAACAAGACUCUCUACUCAAUAGGAGGAGACAAUAACCGAGAAGUGCUAGACAGUGUAGAAGCACUACCUUUGGAAAAUGGAAACUCUACAGGAUGGUUAGAAGUUGCGAGUAUGAUCAUUCCUAGAGCAGCUGCAGCUGGUGACGUUGUAGGUCCGUUGAUCUACGUCUGCGGAGGUUAUACGGAGAGUAGAAUGGAAUCCCUGACAAAUAGCUGUGAAAGUUACAACCCAGACACAAAUCAAUGGACCCUUAUCCAGCCAAUGUCACAACCUCGAUACUUUGCCAGCGCCGUAGCUUUCCAGAAUCACUUAUUUGUCUUAGGUGGAGGUGGAGAUUCAAAUGCUAGAGCUUCUACCAGCUUUAUGACAAUGGGAUAUGGUAGUACCGUGGAGAGAUUGACUCCAGGAGAUGGUACAUGGGAGCUUAUGCCACCAAUUUCAGAAAGAGCUGACUUUGCAACUUGUAUUCUGGAAGAUGAAAUCUACUGUAUUGGUGGUGGAGGGGAGACUUUCUGUACAGGAAGUGUGGAAUCUUGGAAGCCCUGGGUUGGAAGCAUACGCCGGAUUGAGGGACAAGAACACCAUCAGCAGAUUGAUGAAGAAAUCUCUGUAAGAAGUAACACUAGUUCACCAAUCUGGAUGGCCCUAGCUGACACCGAAGAUGAAACAGAUUCAAGGAGUCAAAUUACAGCUAAUUCAGAAAGAGGUGAACACCUAGAAGGCUGGCAUAAGGGAGUCCAGCUGCCACAAUCUCUAUGGGGUCAUAGAGCCGUUACAAUAAGUGGAGUUGACAAGGUGAUACAUUUGCUAGGGAUAAAAGUGAACCAAAGGUCAAAAACUCCUUUUAGAGCUCCUGAUAGAAUUGCAAGUCAACAAUGGCGAAUCAAGAAAAUCGGUGAUGGUAAAGUUCUCAGUGUAAUGAACACAACCAAACCGACAUCGAAAAUCGAUGAUGAAGCAGAGGAUGUGACAACGGAGUCGGGAGAAGUUCACUAA